CAACCCAACUCUUUAUAUAUAUGAGGCCCACAAUCAAGAUUCCAUAUAACAGGUGAUCUUGAGUUUACUUUUGUUUUAAAUUCAUAGAAUUAUAGCUAUAUAUACAACCCAUGUAGGACUUUGCAAACAGCCUAACAACAAACAAACAAACAAACAAACCCUACUUUAUAUUCUUGAAAACAUGAAGAGUUUUCAAGAAACACCCAUGAACAAUGAUGAAGAGCCUGAAGAAAGCAGCUGGACCUUUUACUUUGAAGAGUUUUUAUGGCAAAAUGAUCAUAAAGUGAUCAUGAGUUGUGAUGAAACCCUAAAUUCAUUAGUACCAGAUGCUACUUCUUCCUCUAUUGUCAAGAAUGCAGCUAAUUGCUUUCAAGAUGGUCACAAUAAGAACCUGAGGUUGAAGAAAAGAAAAAACAAAGAAACAAUAAUUGAUGAUUCUUUAGAAGACACUGCUAGUUCUCCUUUGAGCUGUCCAAAGGUUACUUAUUUUGAUCAAGUGAAAAUCGACAAGACGAAAACCCUACACAUCUCAGAGGAGAAAGUUGGCACGUGUGAAGGACAAAACAAGAGAAGGGUUAGUUCAAAUAUGGAGUUGAAGAAAAGGGGGCUUUGUUUAGCACCUUUGUCUUCAUUAGCCAAUUAUCUAUCUUGAAUCACAGGACAAUUUGUUUGAUGCAAAAAUCCUUUGAAACAUAAACUAAGAUGGAUCAGUUUUUUCUGAAAAGAUCCAAAAGGCGCGCAACGUCUAAGAUGAAAUUUUUGUAUGUUAAUCGAUAUGUCUGAUGAUUGAUUAUGAAUGGAUUGAUCAUAAGCCACAACAAGGGUUGAUUA